AUGUCGUCUAAAUACUCCAGCGGCCCCACAGAAAUCAAACACUGCAUUGAGUCGCUGCUGGCUCUGUUUCAACGCUAUGCCGGCCAUGAUGGGAAUGCUGCUUCCCUCUCCAAAAUGGAGUUCCUGAAGUUCACGGACCCUGAACUGGCGCCUUUCACGAAGAACCAGAAGGACCCAGGUGUCUUGGACCGCAUGAUGAAGAAACGUGACAUGAACUGCGAUGGCCAAUUGGACUUCGGUGAAUUCUUGAACCUCAUUGGUGGCUUGGCACAGGCCUGCCAUUGUCAUGUGAUGUCAUCCUCGACCAGCGGUGGACCCCAGAAACCAUGA